AUGCAUUGCGAAGAUGCCAGAUGGUUUUCGAUCAAUGUCAACGGUUUUGGGUGGAAGAUCUGGAUCCUUCUAUCCCAGAAAGACACGGCGACAUUCGAGAAAUACAUCAGAAAACGCUGGGGCGACGGCAUCUGCGAUGAUCAGUGGGUGCGCCACCACAGCCUGUUCAUUAGCCCGAAGGAGCUGCGUAGGGCAGGCAUCAACUUCGAUCUCGUCGUCGCUGGUCCUGGCGAUGCGGUGGUCACCGCACGCGGACAGUACCACGAAGUCGUCAACAUGACGUCCUCGCUAGCUGUUGCUAUCAACUUUCAGCUACCCAGCGAGCCGAUAUUCCCGGGAUCUACAUGGCGCGUUUGUCAGGAAUGCGGGCUAUAUGCGUUGGGCGAUAAUGAAGGGCGCGACGUAUUAAAGAGAGUAGAGCCUUCACCCCCACCCUCUCCCCCCUCCUCGCCCAAUGAUGAUUGCGAGGAGACGGAGCACGUCGACUCUGGAUUGUCUAAGCAAACAGCCACAUUGAGCGCUUCUGCUCCUGCCAGGGUCUCCCCAAAAGACAAGGGGAGGCGCGCUGCAGGCAAGCCAGAAUCAGCAAGACAGGGCCAUAACAACACCCACCAGUCCAAAAGGAAACGCUCCACAGGCGGGUCGUCGGCACGACGCACUCAAGAAAACUCGUCGUGCCAACCAGAAGAGCCACCGCAAGACAGGCGACCAGCGAAGCUGCGGAAGGAUACUCCAGAUCUCAGGGAGCUAGCAAACGAAAUAAUUGGUCCACAUGCGAGAAUGCGACUCAGGGGCCAUAUUAUUACAUUGGUCAAUAUCGCUACCGAGAGGAAGAGCCUCGUCCUGGGCUCAGAUUCCGUUUUGCCCGAUGAUUGGGCGAAACAACUGGACCAUUACUAUUCGCUUUCUCAGCAAUGGGAGAAGUAUGAAGCGUUCAGCGGAAUGGUGGCUUCGAUUUUUGCCACCAAGGCCGUUAUGGUCAUGUACGACAAACUUUUUCCCGGCAAAACAAUAUUUAACGACGACGGCAAACUAAAAAGUUUUCCGGGAAACCACGCCGACAAAUUCGCAGCACAAUUCAACAUAUCGCCCCUCUCGUUUAGGACCUGGAAAGCGCAGAAAGGCAACCUCAUCUGGCUCGGAAUGGAUUUUAUACCAUUGCUGCCAUCCGUCCGAGUUUUCCAGCGACUGAGCAAGACAGAAUUGACAGAACUCCUGGGAUAUCUAUCACGGGGCGGCGCGGGAACUAGGUAG